UCUUAUCUAAAUAUCAACUUCAGAUGUCAUGGAGCAGCUACAUAAUCAAGACAUUCAAACCAAGCAAUAAAGAGCUUUGUUCUGUUGUUGCUGCCAGUUUGGCAAAAAAUUUCAAAAAAGUCAAAGUGGAAGUCGCAAAAUGUCCAGAUCUCACUGCUCCUCCAUUCAAAAUGACAGGGAAGGGAUUUGGUCGUAACAUGGUAAUAGCUGAAGUUGGUGGAAUGGGAAACCUCUACCCGGGUUUCCACAAAGAAAAGCAUUACGAUAUCAGGGAAGUUUGCCAGAAGUGUGGAACACCUAAUGCCUUCGUCUUUGGACCAGCUGGUUGUCCAAUGGGUGUGGUGGCUUCAAAAAUUACCACAUUGGUUGACGAAACGGCUACUUCAUUCGAGACGAAAGCAAUAAACUCGACAAAGUUUACGCUGACUGGUAAUUUCAUUGUGACAGCUGAACCAGGGCCGGAUGAGCUUAUCCAUAUCAAAUGCUCUAAACGUACUGGCAAAGACAGUCUUCCUAGCUGCAUACGAAACGGUUUGGAGAAGGAAUAUGGGCAGAAUUGUGUUGUGCUUGGUGGACUUUUUCUCCUACAACAAGGGCGGGCAAGCAUUCAUAUCGCUCCUGAGUUCCCCGAAAAACCUUUCGCUUCAAUGGCUGAGGUUGAAAAUUGGUUUCGAGUCUUUGAAGUUAGUGCGCCACUGCUUUGUGCGUCGGUCUUCCACUCUUACGAUCCAGGUUUCAAAUUGAGGAUGCUACACACUCAUUGCAUCUCCGAGCACAAUGAUGCAGGCCAUUUUAACAAUGAUGUAACACCAGAGAUAGCAGAGUAUGAAGGCUGGUUUACGGCUGCCGAAAAGAUGUACAGAAUAGAUGAGAUAUGAUUAACCACCGCUGCUAUUUGAUGUUAGCAAUAGCGUAGACGUAGAAUAUAUCGCGUUAGUUUACUUAGUCAGAUACUCUUAGUAUCAAUCGCUGAUGCAGGCGGGCACGGUCCAAAAAGACUUUCCUUUGAGAACGGUAGAAACGUCAUGUUAAUUUUAUCUGUCAGUAAGUAGGUUUUGCGUUGAAAAUUGUUUUUGCUUGCUUCAUUUCCCUAUCACGCUUUCUGUGCCGCGAAAUGCUGUAAGGGCCCCUGCUGUUCAUGUGUAAUUUUCAAAAUUCACAGUGUUCGAUUAUGACAUUAACUGUAAAAACACAGUGUGCUUGUUGUGCUGUGUCCUAAAUACACGAUCAUCUUAUAUAAAUC